GCCGCCAUCUGCGGCUGCGCGGGAAGGUGGGGCAAGAUGGCUGCGGAGCGUAGUGCGCGGGUCUCCGCUCUCUGUUUGGGCGCCGGGCUGGGGCAGGUGGUUCGGGCCCUGGUGCUGCUGCUGUGGUUUGUUGCCCGCGGAGGAGCGCUCUACUUCCACAUCGGGGAGACGGAGAAGAAGUGCUUUAUUGAGGAGAUUCCGGACGAGACCAUGGUUAUAGGAAACUACCGGACGCAGCUGUACGACAAGCAGCGGGAGGAAUACCAGCCGGCCACCCCCGGGCUGGGCAUGUUCGUGGAGGUGAAGGACCCAGAAGACAAGGUCAUUCUGGCCCGGCAGUAUGGCUCUGAAGGAAGGUUCACGUUUACGUCCCAUACCCCUGGUGAGCAUCAGAUCUGUCUUCAUUCCAACUCUACCAAGUUCUCCCUCUUUGCUGGUGGCAUGUUGAGAGUUCAUCUGGACAUUCAGGUGGGUGAACAUGCCAACGACUACGCAGAAAUUGCUGCCAAAGACAAGUUGAGUGAGUUGCAGCUAAGAGUGCGACAGCUGGUGGAACAAGUGGAGCAGAUCCAGAAAGAGCAGAACUACCAGCGGUGGCGAGAGGAGCGCUUCCGGCAGACCAGCGAGAGCACCAACCAGCGAGUGCUAUGGUGGUCCAUUCUGCAGACCCUCAUCCUUGUAGCCAUCGGUGUCUGGCAGAUGCGACAUCUCAAGAGCUUCUUUGAAGCCAAGAAGCUGGUGUAGCCAUCCUUCCUCCCAGGCUGGGGGAGAAGGGGCCUCCUGGAACUGAUUUCUCUCUGACAAGAGGACUGACUGGUUCCCAGCCACGAAUGUUCUGGAGAGGACAGGGGUCACAGGCACCCCAGGUACAAGCUGAAUGGAGCAGCUUGGCUGGCUAAUUCUGAGCAGGUGGUGGGGCAGGUGCCUGCCCCUCCCUGGGCUCUUGGCCUUUUGCAGUAAUCUCCUCGGGGCUGUUGAAGCCACUGGGGGCCCCCUAGCACCUCAGAAUCAGUGUUACUGAUCAGGGAUGUGAGGCUGCUGUCUGGGGUGGCUGGGGGGAGGGGAGUGGGUGGGCAAGCCAGUUUUCUCUUUGUCUUCCUUUGCUAACUUGAGAUUUUGAGCAGUUUGGGGUAUAGCUGUGAUUUCCUGCCACCCUGAGAACCUCCUUGGGCCUAAACCGAGCCUGCCAAUCCAGGGUGCGUGUCAGUUGAGGGUGGGUUGGAGGGGGUUGCAAUGUGGAAAGGUGGUCCUGAGGUUGAGUUCAGGUUCUUCACCUGGUGGUCCUUGGGGCUUGAGGAAUUGGGGUCAGGGAAAGCAGAGGUCUUGGUGCUGGCUAGGGGUGGGGCCUGCAGUCUUAGUUACUGAUUUCAUUUUCAAUAAGCCUAGGUUUGUUACAUUGGUUUCCCAAUAAAAAAAGUACACUUCU